AUGAGCGUUGGGCGGGGCCUGGGAGAUCCCGAGCCUCAGGGCGGACGCGCUGGCUCCGCUGGGCGGCUGCUGUCAUGGUGGCCCCCGUGGUGUACCUGGUAGCGGCAGCUCUGCUCGUCGGCCUGAUCUUCUUCCUGACUCGCAGCCGAGGCCGGGCGGCAGCAGCCAGCCAAGAGUCACAACGCAAUGAAGGGGAGCCCGUUGUAACAGGCCGGGAGGCCCAGCGUGGGCACCUGGAGCCUGAGGAGCAGAGAGCUGAGGGCAGGCCCCGGCGCCGGAGGGACCUGGGCAGCCGUCUGCUGGUCCAGCGUCGAGCCCAGCGGGUGGCCCAGGCAGAGGUGGAUGAGUACGAGGAGGAGGCAGUCAUUCCAGCCCAGGAGGAGGAAGGCAUUGAGAAGCCAGUGGAAACUCACGUGUCAGGGAAAAUCGGAGCCAAAAAACUACGGAAGCUAGAGGAGAAACAGGCACGAAAAGCCCAGCGUGAGGCAAAGGAGGCAGAGCGUGAAGAGCGGAAGCGCCUGGAGUCCCAGCGUGAGGCAGAGUGGAGGAAGGAGGAGGAGCGGCUUCGCUUAGAGGAGGAGCAGAAGGAGGAGGAGGAGAGGAAGGCCCGGGAGGAGCAGGCCCAGCGGGAGCAUGAGGAAUACCUGAAACUGAAGGAAGCCUUCGUGGUGGAGGAGGAGGGCGUGGGCGAGAGCAUGACUGAGGAACAGUCCCACAGCUUCCUGACAGAGUUCGUCAAUUACAUUAAGCAGUCCAAAGUAGUGCUCCUGGAAGACCUGGCUUCCCAAGUGGGCCUGCGGACUCAGGAUACCAUAAACCGUAUCCAGGAUCUGCUGGCUGAGGGGACUCUGACAGGUGUGAUUGACGACCGGGGCAAGUUCAUCUACAUAACCCCGGAGGAACUGGCUGCUGUGGCCAACUUCAUCCGACAGCGGGGCCGGGUAUCCAUCACUGAGCUUGCCCAGGCCAGCAACUCCCUCAUUGCCUGGGGCCGGGAGACCCCCACCCAGGCUCCAGCCUGACCCUAGCCUGUCCCUCUUGGACUCUGAGCUGGCUUGGCCUAUCUGACCAGUCAUCUUCCUCCCUCCCCACCAUCCCGGAACAGUGAUGGAAUGUGGUUAGGCAGUUACAGAUUAAAGGCCCAUGAGCACUGCUAAGCUUGGUGUGGCUUGGUGUGGCAGAGGCCUGUCCUGGGAUCUCAGACAAGCAGGUAUAAUCUCAGCCUCCAAGUAUAUCCAAGAGGAGGGAAAGGUCCCAUGGAGGCAGGUAGGAAGCCCCAUUUGUAUCAUACAUUCAUUCAUCCAAAAUAUAUAUAUAUAUGUAUUGAGCA